UUAAAAUAAAAUAAACCCUAAUUAAAAAUUUGUUCUUUGAGCUCCGCUUUUUGAUUUCUAUUUAGAAACAGAUUUGUAUGUAUUCACACUCUCUUUCUCUCUCUCUAAGUCUCACUCUCUCUUUCUCUCUCUUCACUUUCGCAUAAAGUAGGUUACAACAAGCAGAGAAAUGAUUCAGUGAACCGGAAAAUUAGCUUUACUUUUCUCUAAUUGAUUUUCCCGGAAUCCAAACAGGGGAAAAGAGAGAAAGAAAAUUGAAAAUUUGAUCUUUUGAGGUGUGUGAAUGGAUUCACGAGAUGCUGCCGGAACACCAGUUGCUCCUCCUAAUAUGAUGAUGGGAGGGCAUCAUCAUCAACAUCAUCAACAUCAACAACAUCAUCAACAUCAACAACAACAACAACAACAUCAUAAUCAUCAUAAUCAUAAUUCUUAUGCUUCUGCUAUGCCUAGUACCAACGCUUCAUCUAUGAUGAUGAGCCCUAACUCGAUGGGUUCGGCUCAGAUGAUGGCUGGUCCUGGCGGUGCUCGAUUUCCUUUUAGUUCUGUUACUCCACCGGCUUCUUCUAAGCCUAUGGAAUCUUCUUUGUCUAGUCAUCAUUAUGAUGGAUCUUCAUCGCCUGGUAUGAGGGCUUGCAGUGGAAGCGGUGGUGGAGGCUUUAAUAUGGAUUCGGGUUCUAAGAAGAAGAGGGGUCGACCGAGGAAAUACUCUCCCGAUGGCAACAUUGCGCUUGGAUUAGCUCCUACACCGACUCCUUCUUCAAAUGUUGUUCAUGGAGAUUCGAGUGGCACGCCUUCGUCUGAACCCUCGGCUAAGAAGAAUCGGGGAAGACCUCCUGGUUCUGGAAAGAAACAAUUAGAUGCAUUGGGUGUUGGUGGGGUUGGUUUUACUCCUCAUGUUAUUUUGGUGAAAACUGGAGAGGAUGUAGCAUCAAAGGUUAUAUCAUUUUCAGAGGAAGGACCCCGCACAGUUUGUAUUCUCUCUGCAAAUGGCGCAGUUUGUAAUGCUACUCUUCGUCAGCCAUCCAUGUCUGGUGGCAAUGUUUCAUAUGAGGUACAUCCUUCAUAUUUUGAGGGCCGCUAUGAAAUUAUUUCAUUAUCAGGGUCCUACUUGUUUUCUGAUGACAAUGGUAAGCGCAGCAGGACAGGUGGUUUAAGUGUGUCACUUGCAGGACCUGAUGGUCGAGUUGUGGGUGGCAGCGUUGCCGGAACCCUAAUGGCCGCAUCACCAGUUCAGGUAAUCGUCGGUAGCUUUAUUGCUGAUGGUAAAAAAUCGAACUCCAACAACACCGUGAAAUCUGCGCCAGGCACUGGUGCGCCCCAAAUGUUAAACUUUGGUGUACCUAGCACCGCUGGCAGCCCUCCAUCGCAGGGAGAGUCCAGCGAGUCAUCUGAGGAGAACGGCAGCCCUCUUAACAGAGGCCCCGCAUUCUUCAACAACAAUAACAAUAAUGGUCAACCGCUCCAUAGUAUGCAACAGAUGUACCAUCACCAAUUGUGGGCUGGUCAGACACAACAAUGAAGAUGCAUUGCUUGCAGUUAACAAUACGACGACAUCGCAUUGGGGGUAUUGGCUUUGAUGAUUGUUCGUUCCGUUCGGCCCGGCCUAACACGUGAAGUCAAAUUCCAAAUGCUAACAGUUUGCCACCACUCUUAGAAGGGUUGAUCCUUUACUUUAAAUAGUUAACGAUUUUUUCUUUUAUUUUUGUUUCCCUUUUGUUCACAUAUGAUUUAAACAUGGCUACUGUUGAUAGCUCUGAGGUUACGCCACUCAUUUCGUAGGUUGUCACGAGCUCCAUUUUACAUUUUCAGUUCUUCUUCCUCUACGUUUUCACUGUUGUUUUCUUCUGUUGGUAGCUGUUUCUGAACUUAAUGUAUAAAACCUGGUCUUAAGUAUUAUGAAAUUAAUUAAUAGCAGUCUCCCAUAAAUUGGAUUAAAUCAAA